AUGGCGAAAGUAGUUUGCUACAUUUUGGUUGCACUUUGGCUUGCAGCACGUGGCCAAAGUAAAUACACCGCUUAUUUCAAAAACAAGGCAUUAAAGUUCGACAAGUUCUUGGAACCAUGCAAGGAUUACAACAGGCAACACAAUGCCAUCGAUUUGAGGAAUGUCACGAUCACUGGGAAUUCCACCACCUUUGACUAUGACGCCGUGAUGCAUCGCCAAAUUAACGACGUCACCUUACAAUUGCAUUUUUGGAGAUGCAGCAGUCGCGAGGCAUUAGAUACAUGCAUGCCCUUAACUUCAUUUAAGUGCAGAAACAUUUGCGAGUUUUUGGAUUCCACGAAGGAAUUUUGGAGUCCGGCCAUUUUAUGUGCGAAACCGAACAUCGCGUGUCCUUUGCAAAAGGCUGUUUAUAGGGGUCGAGAAUGCAGCCUGAAUUUGAACGCUUUCCACUUCUUUCCAUUAGGUACGGCCUAUUGGAAGGUCAGAUUCACACUUCUUAACAACAAACGUGAGAUUUUGUGCGCGAUGAUUGAAGGUGGUAUUAGAUGAAUCUUUAAACAGA